AUGGCUGCGCAGCCUGAUGUCCCGCUGGAAGAAAUCACCUGGCGCUCGCCGCACCACGUACAGAUGAUGGGCGGCUUUCUCCAUUCAAACAACAUCCUCUUCUACUUCGCCGAAUCCCCCUUCUUCGACGCCACCUCCAACAAUGCCUCCCUCGCCAUUCAAGCGUCCUACAAUGAAAACUUCCGCCACUUCAUCGAGACGCGCGAAGCGUUUGAGGGUCGCCUGAAGACCAUGCAAGGUGUGGAGUUUAUGGUGCUACCACAAGAGCCGUCGAAUGUGUGGGUGAUUCGGAAGCAGGUGCGGAAGAAGCGGGCGAGCGAUGAUGAGAUUCAGGUGCUCGCGACGUAUUUUGUUGUGGGGGAUUCGGUGUAUAUGGCCCCGUCGGUGUUGAAGGUUAUUGGGAGUCGGAUGCUCUCAACAGUAACCUCCCUCACGAAAGCUCUCUCCGUCGCAUCACCACUCCCUCUCUUCUCUCCAUCCUACGGUCACACAUACAUGCCCCCUGUCCCCAAAUACCUCGACCCUUCCCGCCCAGGCCAACAAUCCACCCAACAAAGCACAGCUAACACACCCAUCCCAGACCUACCUGCACAAUCAAGAGCCGGAACCACACCGCCUCUAGCUACCACUGCCACCACCACGACAAACGCACCCUCCUCCCUCUCCCAAUCCACCACAAUGCAAGACUCCCGCAGUUUCGCCGAGGCCUUCAACCUCCUCUCCCGCUACGGUGAUGAAUUCAUGGACGACGCCCCCUUGCUGGGUGAACCGGGCUCCUUCAUCAUCGGCAAGGCAUCCACUGAGCCGCUGGCGACGAGACAGCAGGCCAAGGCUCCCCAGCCCAAGGCACCCACUCCUGUCCCGACUGUUGGUGUGGGUGUGAUGAGUAAACCGGGUACACCGGCGGGGACUGGCGUCGGAGCUGGUGCUAGCACUUGGGCCGGUGCUGCGGUGCCGGCUAUUAAGACUGAUGCGGCGACGAUUGGAGCAGCGAGGGCGGGGAAGGGAGGAGAGAAGAGUCCGACUACGCCUGGUGGGGGGAAGAUUAGGAGGAAGAAGAGCAAAGUUUCUUCCGCUACGGCAGCUCAUGCAGGUGCGGGUGCGGGUAUGCCUAGCUCGUGA